AAGCACUGAAGCAUCAGUACCUAAGAUAGUAGAAGCUAUCUUUAGCGACACAGGGGAGUAAACAACACAGUUUAACUGAGGCAGGAUGCCUCGUUUUGCUCAGCUCGUGAUGGGCCCGGCGGGCAGCGGGAAGAGUACCUACUGCUCCACCAUGGUCCAGCACUCAGAGUCCUUGAACCGCUCCGUUCAGGUGGUCAACCUGGACCCAGCAGCUGAGCACUUUGACUACCCUGUCAUGGCAGACAUCCGUGAGCUCAUCCAGGUGGAUGACGUGAUGGAGGACGAUUCUCUCAGGUUUGGCCCUAACGGAGGCCUGGUCUUCUGCAUGGAGUACUUUGCCAACAACUUUGACUGGCUGGAGGAAAGCUUGGGUCACGUUGAAGAUGAUUACAUAUUGUUUGACUGUCCAGGUCAGAUUGAGCUUUACACCCACCUCCCCGUGAUGAAGCAGCUGGUGGAGCAGCUCCAGCAGUGGGAGUUUCGGGUGUGUGGGGUCUUUCUGGUGGACUCACAGUUCAUGGUCGAGUCUUUUAAGUUUAUCUCAGGAGUCAUGGCUGCCCUGAGUGCCAUGGUGUCCUUAGAGAUUCCUCAAGUAAACAUCAUGACAAAAAUGGACCUGCUAAGUCCUAAAGCCAAGAAGGAAAUUGAAAAGUACCUGGACCCAGACAUGUACUCAAUGAUGGAAGAUAACUCCGAUACCAUCAGAAGUUCAAAAUUCAAGAAGCUAACCAAAGCUAUUUGCGGUCUGAUUGACGACUACAGUAUGGUGAGAUUCCUCCCGUUUGACCGCACAGAUGAAGAAGGCGUCAACAUAGUGCUGCAGCACAUUGACUUCUCCAUACAGUACGGAGAGGACCUGGAGUUCAAGGAGCCAAAGGAGUUGGAUGAAGAACCCGCUAACCUAAAUUACGAUGAGAUUUUUCAAGACAAAGCAAGCAGCUGAGGGCUAACAUGAAGGCUGAAGAAAAAGUUCUAUAUGCAUAUGGAUGCUGAUGAAUGGACGUGUGUGGAGAAAAAAAAAUGGCUGUCAUGAAUGUUUGUGUAUAAAGUUUUCCUUCUGUUGUGAUUCAACCCAUCCUUGUUUCGUUAUUUUUAAGAAAAUAU